AUUGCACGCACAAAAUUUUAGCUGUCUUGAUCAGAAAAACAGAAAUCAAGAGCAGCACAAAAAAAAAAUUGAAAAAAUUUUUCUUUUUAGAAAAUAUUUAUACAUUUAUUUUGAUAAGAAACGUUUUUAGUCACAAUUAACACAGCAUAUAACCAAAUAGAGAAUGCACAAGAAAAAACCAAAGAGUAUUUAUACCUCACGCUCCACAUACUCGGACCGUGCCAAGAGGGAGAAUGAGUCGUUUAAGGAGGUGAUCGUGCCGAUACAAGCCAUUGAAACAGCGCUGUUGUUGCUCAACUCACAGGAGGACUCAGUGCUGGUUACCGUUUUCAAGAAUAUCACCGAAUAUGCGCGCAAACAGCGCGAGAAUGUGGAGGAGCUGAAAAAGUUGAAACUGCUCGAGUUGCUGUUGGAGAAAAAGUUCUAUAUGACAUCUGAUGCGGUAAUGAUUCGACGAUUCGCCACCUAUUUGGCGUGCACGCUCAUUGAAAGCAUGGAUAUGCUGCGCGAUGUGGAGCCGGAGAAAAUGGUUUUCAUUUUAGGAAUAUGUUUGGAGGCGUAUCUACUCGAAGUUGAUGAUUUUACUCUGGAAUAUUUAACGGUUAUUAUAAAUAAAUGUUUGCAAGAUCCGCAAGUUGCCAAUGCAAUGCUGGAGAAGAGUGAUUUCCUGGAGAAGUUCUUCUUACUGAUUGCAAAUACCGAGAAUCCAGACAUUUUGUGGCAAUCCUUCGAGGCCAUACACAAAAUGCUGCUACUGUUGGAUGCUGAGAAAUUGCUGGCGUUCAGCACAUUGCCAAACUUUCCCAUCGAACGUGUGCUUUGCGAUAUCACAAAUGAAUUUGUGGACAUACGCAGCGCGGCGCUGAAGAUCGUCAAAGAUCUCAUUGUGGACACGAGCGAUAACUCUACAUUCGCCGACUUAAGUCGUUGUAUUUUCACGCUACGGCAAUUAACUCAACUGUUCUGCGAUUUUGCUACCACCGAACACGGCACCGAAGCGAUCGAGGCAUUGGCCACGGCCAUGCGCACCGAGAAGAUGACAAAACUCUUCUUCGAGCACAAUUUCUUCGAUCGCAUUAUGCAGAAUGUGAGCGAUAAUCUGUUGGCGUAUGCAGCGAGUGUGAAAUGCAAGGUGAUCUGGAUCUUUGCAGAGAACGCCAAAUAUGAGCAGUUCUUGCAGCGCAUCUACGAGGCAAUGGUGACGGAUCUAUUCUUGGACUGUCUGUUGCAAGUGGAUCCGUAUGGCCCAGCGCCACAUGUGAUAGCUGGUUUGAACCGCAUGAUGAAGAAUACGAAUGCGGCCAAUCGCAUACUGCAGCUGUAUGAAGCGGGUGUGAUAGAGCGACUGGCAUACAUCAUAUCCCAACCUGGCAUUGAUAUACGCACACGUGAACAGGCGGCCGAUUUGAUUGGCAAUUUAUUGCGCUUUGCCUUCCAUGACACUGCGCACCAAUUGUUGGCGCUACAGAUUGCUCUCCUCCUGGGCCGCAUAUUUGGUCAACAACAACAAGAUCUCUCCAUUGACUUUAUACUAUCGCUGCUGAAUAUCAUCGAACAAUUGGCACAAAAUGAGGACUACCGUGAGAUUCUGGGCGAGUCUACGCUGCUCACGAUGAAUAUAGCGCUUAUGCUAAGGAACUCCUUCGCCACGGCCAUAUUAGUGAACAACAUUUUCCGGUGUCUCUGCACGUUGGCUGAUGAGGAGAAAGUCCGCACAGUGCUACUCUCACACUACAUUGCACCGUCCAUGAAGCGCGGUCUCAAGUCUCUCUCCAAUCUGGUUAAGACCUCAGUCACUAAUUUCAUUAUGCAAACCGCACGUUUCCCCGAGAUGGUGCACGAAUACAUCGAGGCGGGUGUUUUAGAAGUACUUCUUUUAAAUCAACGUUUGGCUAUGUGCGUGUCCACUUGGGGUCCCGCCAUUGAAGCUAUACUUUCUAAGUGUCCAAGUCUUAAGUUUUGUAUACGCAACCAUCUCGGUUUUACAGACAGCACUGCUGGUAAUGACUUCCUUGUCUCCAAAAAGAAAUUCGACGAUUUCCGCGUUUUCCAAAAUAUUCUCAAAGAGGAUGUUUCGCCGUUACACCCUAUUCUAGUUGUGAAUUUCGAACGCAAGGUUUCACCACCCGAUCUGAUUAUAGAAGUACCAAUAGAAUGCUUUCCGAUGGAUGAACGUUCCGGUGUUACGGGUAGCUGGUGUUACUGUCGUAAACCAGGUGAUAGUGAUCUACCGCGCAUAUUAGAAUUGGUGAACGGAGAACUAGAAAAAUAUGGUUUACUGCAAAAUCCUGCGAAAAUGAGUCGUUGCAUUGACUUCGAUAAUUUGGCCAAGCGCGCUAAAGUUAUUGCCGAGAUCGUAGAGGCUGCACUUAGCAGAAAUCUGAAACGACUGGAUCUCAACACCACCGAAGAGUGCUCCAAUCACACUGUCAAAUGCCACUUAUACGAUAUCGCACGUGCGCUCCACUGCAAUUUCAUACCCCUCGGCAUGGUGCACACUGGCUGCCAAUUUGAGCGAGCAAUUCUUUUCAAAGCUUUGGCCGAUCAAAUCGGUUUACCAUGUACAUUACAACGCGCCGUCGACGGACGCCUGCUAUUCAACGAAGUGCCCUUGCCGGUGGAGAUUGACCACGAUCCACACUGCGAUAAGAAGACCAUGAAAUUCAUGCCUUGGCGGAUGUUGCGCCCCACGCACAUUGUCGAUUUGAUGUUUAAUGUGGGCGAACUCUAUCCCAUACAGAGUCGGCAAGCGAUGCAAUAUUUGAGAUUGUAUUAGCAGGUUCUUCUUAGAAUGCAAUUAACGGAGAACAAGUGAUCUUCAAUAAAUAUAUAUGAUGUAUUUUCAAAUAUACUAAAUAAAUCGAAAUACUAUUUAUAA